AUUAAAAAGAAAAAAAGAAAAUAAAUAUCCUGUUAAAUAGGGAAUGGGUUUGCUAAUUUUGGUUUAAGGGUUUCGAGAGAAAUAGAGUAAUUAAAAUUUUCGAGAAGGCUGUGUAGAUGCAUGUCGGCGGAAUAACGUUGGAUCUGAAUUGGUUCCUGCAAUUCAUUUUCACGCUCUUCAUUUUCGCAUUUGUGGCUCUUCGCUUGCGGAAGAACACAGCGUCGAAAUGCUUCGAGGUCGACGCCAAUUUCGAUCGGGACCAACCAAUGCCUUCCAUCCCCAUGGACAUCGAUCACUUCCCUUGCGCUGUAUGCUCUAAUCCCGCCUCCAAGAAGUGCUCUCGUUGCAAAUCCGUUCGUUAUUGCUCCUCAGCCUGCCAACGUGUGGACUGGAAGGAUGGGCAUAAGACAAAGUGCAAAGAAAUUUCAACACAAACUACAACCACAACCGUUUUCAGUAGUUGCUCCGGUUCCUGUCAAUGGAACCUCUAAGAUUCUCAAGAAAUCGAGAAAGAUGUCAGCUGAAAGCUCAAAAACUCAUGGUGGGUUGAGGGCUGUUUAUUGUUCCUAUGGUUGUUCAAAGUAUAAACAGGUGGCUGUGAUUUCUUUGAAUGGGUUGAAAAGCAAGAUGGCAAUGGAAAUCUUAAUGAAUUAAAAGGGCAUAUCAAAAUGCUAUUGAUUGAGAAUAGAGAACUUAGGAUUGAGAACGCCGAAUUCAAGAAAAUGGUGAAGGUGGAUGAAAUAGAGAAGUUAGUGAGGAAGGUUGCAAAGCAAAAAGAAAUUAAGAGGGUAUAAAUUGUUGGUGACAAAGAUUGAGAAUGACGUGUACUUCUAUAAGGUUGCUUUCAUUACAUUAUGGAUAAUUUUUGUUGUUCUUAAAUUUGUGGUCUAGAGAGUAGAAUAAUUAUUUGUAAUACUUUUGCAUGGUUUAUUAACUUUGGAAUGGAAUGGAAGUUAUUGGACUUAUAAAA